GAGAGACGGAGGGAGAGUGGGUGUUAUGGCGAACACUUUUCACAGCACUUUUUCGCAUAGUGACGUUUGCGCCCGGGCACCUGGAUCGCAUAUAAAUAGGUUGUCCCUCGCUGGACUCCUCGCACACAUCCUUCGACUUUCCAACGAAUAGUGUUCACUAAUCCACCACUGCGAAGAACUACCCCCAGGAAAAUGUGGAAGUUCACCAAUCUCGCUCUGCUGCUGGCGUUCUGCAUGCAUCAGUCGUUUGCUUUUCCAUCGGAAUACAGCGAGCAAUUCUACAUGGGUCAGACUCCGAAUUUCAUCAAGUGGCGCGCAUUGGAUGGAAUCGGUGGUGGUAAUUUGAAUGGAAGAGCCUUGGAUGGAAUCGGUGGUGGUAACUUGAAUGGAAGAGCUUUAGAUGGAAUCGGCGGUGGUAAUUUGAACGGAAGAGCCUUGGAUGGAAUCGGCGGUGGUAAUUUAAAUGGAAGAGCCUUAGAUGGAAUUGGCGGUGGCAACUUGAAUGGAAGGGCUUUAGAUGGAAUCGGCGGUGGUAAUUUAAAUGGAAGAGCUUUAGAUGGAAUUGGCGGUGGCAACUUAAAUGGCCGUUCAUAUCUGUUAUACCGAUUUGGUGUUAAUCACCGUGCUUUGGAUGGAAUUGGUGGUGGUAAUUUAAACGGAAGAGCUUUGGAUGGAAUUGGUGGUGGUAAUCUGAAUGGCAGAGCUUUAGAUGGAAUUGGUGGUGGUAACUUGAAUGGCAGAGCUUUGGAUGGAAUUGGCGGAGGAAACCUAAACGGAAGAGCUUUGGAUGGAAUUGGCGGAGGUAACUUAAACGGGAGAGCUUUGGAUGGAAUUGGCGGUGGUAACUUGAAUGGAAGAGCUUUGGAUGGAAUUGGCGGAGGUAACUUAAACGGAAGAGCUUUGGAUGGAAUUGGUGGUGGAAAUUUAAACGGAAGAGCUCUUGAUGGAAUCGGUGGUGGUAACCUGAAUGGCAGAGCUUUGGAUGGAAUUGGUGGUGGUAACUUGAACGGAAGAGCUUUAGAUGGAAUUGGUGGAGGAAACCUAAACGGAAGAGCUUUAGACGGAAUCGGAGGAGGAAACUUGAACGGCCGCGACAUACACAACAUAUUGCAAUACAUUAAAGAAAAACUGUCCAAGUAAACUCUUUAGAAAACAUAAUUUCUAUUUUUAUU